AUGGCAUUUCCAGUUCGGCAUUCUGUCACCGGGUCUCGUCUGCUAUUUGUGUGUCAGCGUCCACGUUCCUUGCAGUGUCAGUCUCAGCACGUGGGCAUUGGGCUCGGAGCCGCUCUGCCCGGGGGAUACGUGACCUUCCUCACGUUCUUCUUCACGCGGCUGGAGCGGAACCGCAGCGGCCGCUACGAGCGCGAAUUCCCGUUCGUGUCCCGCUGCGGCGCGGAGCGCAACCUCCUGCGCUGCGAGCACAGACCCAUCGUCUUCACCCGCCUCCUGCCCCCGGACGCCUCCUCCUCAGCCUCCUCCUGCUCCCGCCGCGCCGUGCUGUCGUUCUGCGGCGGCGGGGAGCGGCUGGCCGCGCCGUUCCGGCCCGAGGCGCUGGUGAUGCUGCCGGAGAACGGGCGCUUGUACCACCCGGCGCCGGGCCGGGCGGGGGGCGCGGGGCCGGUGCGCUCGGCGCUGGCUCUGGAGUGGGGGUCCCGCUUCGAGUACGAGCAGGGGCCGGAGCAGCCCCCGACUCACUUUUGGUGGGAGGGGAAGAGGUAUCGGCUCACGGGGGAGCUGGUGGAGCUGCUGCGGGGAGGGGAAGGGGCGGGGGAGGCGGAGAGAGGCGGAGCCGCGGGGCGGGGGUGA